GCUGGUUUGAAUGUUGGAUACCUGAAUCUGCCCUUGCCCCUUUGGAUCUACUUAUGGGUUAUUAUUCAUGAUUGAUGAUUGGCACGAUAAUGGCAUGUUGGUUUCCAUAGAAGAUAUGUAAUCUGGGAUGUCUAGUUUAUGAAAUAGCAAUAAUAGAUAGAGUCUCUGGGAGACAUUUUUAUCAUCUUCUUGUUUAGUAAUUGGAACCAUAGUUUAGUAUAGCUGGAGCAGGUUAUGGAACUAACUGGUCAUAGGGGUAUUAUGAAUGGGGAGAGUAAGGCCAUGGACAAUGAACCUUCUGCAAGCAUGCCUCUAAGGCCGCGCCAAAUCUACCCAACAUAUCCUGCAGGCUUAGUGAAGAAGACAGCUUACAUAUUUGACGGCUUAGGGAAUUUUUUUAAUAAGGAAUGGGAUCUAGCAGACCUUCAUCAAAACAGGAAAAGAGAAUCGGAGCUAGUAGAUGGAAGAGGGAAUGAAUUUUCUUGGUACCAUGUGGAGCUCCCAAAAGAAAAUCAGAAGUUGUCACAGUCUGCACAAGACUUAAUUGGUGUUCUUUGCCCACCUUUGAAACUCCAGGAUAUUCUCUCCCUCGUCAGCAAUGGACCCUUUUGUGCACAUGUUGAUGGGGCACUUGUAUUCAGGGUUAAUUCUCCUGGUCCUCCCAACAGUGACUUUACAUUUAGGAUUGCUGCUAGAGUCACAGAAAAUUCAGUAAUUACUGUGUCUUUGGGGCGUGUUCCCCGAUUAGGUUUCUCACGGAUGGGAGAGUCUCUUCUUUCUGAGAUUCCUAGCGUGGAAAUUUCCCCUCAUUUUGGAGAUCAGCAGAAGCAGGGGAAUGGCAUUGUGAUUAAGGAGCAUGUUCUUGAAUUCUUAUUGACUAUGAAUCAUUCAGAGGAAGCUGACAAUCCAGUUCCUAGAUCUGUCUCAAACCUUGUCGUUCAUAUAAUUGACACACACGUAGAUCAGCUUCAAGAUCUUGUGACUAAACUUGAGAUGGAGUUGGACUCUGUUGAGCUAGCCUUGGAUAAAGGUGGUUUUGCUUUGAAGAAACAAAUGCUGGAUGAUAGAAGAUUUCCCAAACUGCAUCUGGACUUGCAGCGUCUUCUUCAGGUGAUUUCUCACGGAGAGCAAGUAUUUUUACGAGUCAGAGAAAAAUGCUCUUUAAAACCAUGGUUUGCCAAUGAAGACAUUAGCUCUCUUGAAGAGCUAAUUGGAAGAUUAAAGAGGUUGAAGGAGAAUGUCGGAUUCAUAGUGAAUCGUGUAACGGCAAUUCAGGCAGGUCUUGACAGCUGGCAGGCUGAGCAAAUAAACAGGAAACUUUACUAUCUUUCAUUCCUUUCAAUCAUAUUCCUCCCAUUAUCCAUCGUUACUGGAGUUUUUGGCAUGAAUGUUGGAGGAGUUCCUUGGACUGGCCAAAACAAUCCCGAGCUUAAGGAUGGUUUUCGCAAUGUUAUCCUGCUCUGUGUUGUUAUGGUACUACUUGUGCUACUUUGCUUCCUCUUCCCGGCUCUGUAUACCCGUAUAGCUGGUGCAUGGCGGAAAAAGAACGUUCUGGGAAGAAGCUGGUCAAUUAAUAGGAAGUCAUUUCUCAGAAGACCUCUCCAUAUUGGAGAUCAAGGGAGAGGAGGAUACCUUAGGAUUUGACGAUGAAAGGUUUUGUUCUUUUGAAAAAUACCAUCCUGGUCACAAAAUCUCUUCCUUCUGUUUUCAAUAAUGUCUCGCGUAGAGGGUGAGUUUCUUUAUCACGGGUUUUCAAUGACUCUGUUGAAACAAAACAGAUAGAUGAACUGAUGAUCAGCUGCCAUGUAUCUUGUGAUAAAAAUAAUAACAGCUGCCACGUAUAGAAGAACCGGAAGCCUCAGAGAUGGAGGAUUCAUGAAACAGAUUCUUUGGUUGAUGAAAAUGUAGACUUGUGAUCAAAGUGAGCCUAUUCGUUCAUUGUUCCUCUCUUGUUCAGGGGAAGGGGAUCUAUGGAUACAUCAUUUUUUUCUAGAUCCUGGCAGCAUUUUCUUCCUUGUACAGUGUUUUGUAUUAGCUUUAUCCAAGCCUCAUCCAAUGGAAGAACUGUAUUUGUUUCUUCACUCUGCCCGUUUGGAUUUGCUAUUUCCAGAGACGUAUGAUUAUCAUUCCAUAGGUUUUGUACGGCCUGUGGCGGCUUAAAAUGUGCUUGAAGAAGUUGAUAAUGAGAUUAUACAUCAAAA